GAGACCUCGCCGACAGCUCACAGCUCCGGGCACUUGCCCUUCCCGAGCCGGCGUCGGCGGCGGAGUGCGCACGCGCGGCCUUCGGGUUUCCCCGGCUACAGUCGGCGCAUCGGCCCGCUAGUCCGCCGCCGGCUCUUCCGCCGCCCUGCGCCAUGGCGGGCUGCGCGGCGCGGGUUCCGCCGGGCUCCGAGGCGCGCCUCAGCCUCGCUACCUUCCUCCUGGGUGCCUCGGUGCUCGCUCUGCCUUUGCUCACGCGCGCCGGCCUGCAGGGCCGCACCGGGCUGGCGCUGUACGUGGCCGGACUCAACGCGCUGUUGCUGCUUCUCUACCGGCCGCCGCGCUACCAGAUAGCCAUCCGAGCUUGUUUCCUUGGCUUUGUGUUUGGCUGCGGCGUGCUGCUAAGUUUCAGCCAGUCCUCCUGGAAUCACUUCGGCUGGUACGUGUGCUCGCUCUCCCUGUUCCACUACUCUGAGUACCUAGUGACAGCUGUCAAUAAUCCCAAAAGUCUGUCCUUGGACUCCUUCCUCCUGAACCACAGUCUGGAGUACACAGUGGCUGCCCUGUCUUCCUGGAUAGAGUUCACCCUUGAAAACAUCUUUUGGCCAGAACUGAAGCAGAUUACCUGGCUCAGUGCCGCUGGGCUGUUGAUGGUGAUCUUUGGAGAAUGCCUGAGGAAAGUGGCCAUGUUUACAGCCGGCUCCAACUUCAACCACGUGGUACAGAGUGAAAAGUCAGACACCCACACUCUCGUGACAAGUGGGGUAUACGCUUGGUGCCGGCACCCCUCCUAUGUGGGCUGGUUUUACUGGAGUAUUGGAACCCAGGUGAUGCUGUGUAAUCCCAUCUGCGGUGUGGUGUACGCCCUGACGGUGUGGCGCUUCUUCCGUGAUCGCACAGAGGAGGAGGAGAUCUCGCUGAUUCACUUCUUUGGGGAAGAAUACUUGGACUAUAAGAAGAGGGUGCCCACAGGCCUGCCUUUCAUAAAGGGGGUCAAGGUGGGGCUAUGACAGGAAGAGGCCCCGUGGGACCAGGGACCUCUGGCCCUGCGCAGCCUAGGACAAAACUAUUUAAAGUUGGGCACACAGAGUGAGUUUUCUUAAUUGUUUUAUAUGUCACUAAUUACUCCUCAGAAUGUCACCCAGGACCUAAUGUUGAGGCGACGUUAGGUCCAAAGGAGCCACGGCAGCUGUCUCCUGCACUGAAGGCAGGUGGGGCAAGGAGCGUGUCCAGGUGUUCAUCGACGCCUCUUCUACCGUGGCAGGGGGAUGACUCAAGCCACAGCCUCACGCCCCCUCAGGCUAGAGUGUGUUUGCAUGGUGACCAGGAUGCUUGGGAGAGGUGGACACUGCCCUUUGGAGUGGUCAGAGCUGCCUAGUGUCAGCAUUGGAAAUGCACCAAACCCUUCUAUUUAACUCCCACACAACCCAGCUUUACCCUUUGUCGUCCAUGACUGCGUGAACAUCUGCAUAAACUGGGAAGACUUGUACCCUUGGGCUCAUACAGAAACCUAUUUACACUCCAGUUCUAUACGCAGAGCAGUGUAGGUUCCGAGGGACACCGAGCCUCUCUGCCUCGAGCGUCCAGGUCCAGCUUUCAUGUGGCAACAGGUAGCACAGACCCUCGGGAGCUCUGCAGAUUUUGAGUAGCCACUGGACCUGGGCUGAAGAUGUGGGCCCAGGGUUCUCCCAUGGUCCUGGUCUCAGCUCUUCUGUUCCCCUGGGAAGUAAUGUCCUAACUUCUGUGCUAACGCUGAGAAAUGCUGCCCUCCCUGUGUUUGGGAUCAGUGUUCUCAUUUAUCAUAGCUUCUGAUUUUUAUUUCCGUGUUGCAACGAGUCUGUCAAAUUA